UCAGGGAAUGGUAUUUAUUAUAUAUAUGGUAAAUUGAUUGAUUAUUAUUUUUUAGCCAUGAUUGCAGUACAUUUUUGACAAUUGGGAAGAUGGGGGUUUUAAUUUAAAUUUUACAUCACUCAGUCUUUGAGUCUCUCUUGAGAUGGAUUGGGGCAUGUCCUAGUCCUAGUCCUUAGUCCUACUAUCAUGGCGGUGCACACGUACAAAUCUUGAACCAUAAGGACAGAGACAGAAAGAAAGAGAGAGAGAGAAGUUAAAAUGGAUAUAUUAUUGUUAUUAAUUUCACCAUCUCCACAAUACACAAAGUUGCUGCUGAUGCUGUUGUCUCCUCUGUUUCUUGUCGUUUUGUGCAGCUGCUUUUCGUCGUCGGCGUUGAAUGUGAGUGAUGCAUUUUCUCCACUCUUCAGCAAAUUCAACAUCCAGCCUUCUCCCGACCACUCCUCCGUCAGCCUCCUCCUCAAUCGCCUCUCUGGUUCUGGCAUUAUAUCUUCCGAUUAUUACGACUAUGGCUUCUUCAGCGCCAACAUCAAAAUGCCCUCCCAACACACUGCUGGUGUCUGCGUCGCAUUUUAUACGUCGAACGUCGACACAUUCGAGAAGAACCACGACGAACUAGACGUGGAGUUCUUGGGGAAUGUAAGGGGGCAGCCAUGGCGGUUUCAGACCAACAUGUACGGCAACGGCAGUGUCUCCCGCGGCCGCGAGGAACGCUACCGCCUGUGGUUCGACCCCACCACCCUCCCCCACCGCUACUCCAUUCUCUGGACUCCCCAAAUCACCAUAUUCUACGUCGACGAAAUUCCGAUCCGAGAAAUCGUCCGCAACGCCGCCAUGCGCGGCGACUACCCCUCGAAGCCAAUGUCUUUAUACGCCACCAUAUGGGACGCCUCGUCCUGGGCGACCAACGGCGGCAAGGAGAAGGUCGAUUACACCUACGAGCCGUUCGUUGCGGAGUUCCGCGACGUAGUCCUCCACGGCUGCGUCGUCGAUCCCACCGACCAGAUCCCCUCCUCCAACUGCACCAACGACAUCGCCGCCCUCACCGCCAGUCCCUACUCCACAAUCACCCCCGCCGGCCGGAGAUCCAUGAAAUGGUUCCGCCAAAACUACAUGUACUACUCCUACUGCUACGAUCGGGUUAGGUAUCCGGUGGCGCCACCGGAGUGCGUCGUUAUUCCGUCGGAGAGAGAGAUGUUGACGGAGACUGGGAGGGUGAGGGGGAGCGUUAAAGCUCAACGCCGCCGUGAGCGCCACCGCCGAGGGAAGGGCCGCCGUGGUCGGAGUAAGAGUGUUAGUGAAAUUUAAUUAGUUACUUACAGUUAGGGACCAC